GGCUUUUUGCGGCACCGUGCUGGAGGCUGGCGGCGUGGAUCCUCGGUCGGCGCCAGUCCUCUGCCUGUGUCCCAGCUUCUUCGGAAAGGCGGCAGUUUAGCGGUUUAAGGAGAACAGGGACCCAACUACGAUUCUCUCAGCGGUCUCCUUCUCCCGGGACUUUGAAAUGCUUUACCUGAUCGGCUUGGGUCUGGGAGAUGCCAAGGACAUCACAGUCAAGGGCCUGGAAGUUGUAAGACGCUGCAGUCGAGUGUAUCUGGAAGCCUAUACCUCAGUCCUGACCGUAGGGAAGGAGGUCCUGGAAGAGUUUUAUGGAAGAAAAGUGAUUCUUGCUGAUAGAGAAGAAGUGGAACAAGAAGCAGAUAAUAUUUUAAAGGAUGCUGAUAACAGUGAUGUUGCAUUCCUUGUAGUUGGUGAUCCAUUUGGGGCCACAACACACAGUGAUCUUAUUUUGAGAGCAACAAAACUGGGAAUCCCUUAUCGAGUUAUUCAUAAUGCCUCCAUAAUAAAUGCUGUUGGCUGCUGCGGUUUACAGUUGUAUAAGUUUGGAGAGACCGUUUCUGUUGUUUUUUGGACAGACACUUGGAGACCAGAAAGCUUCUUUGACAAAGUGAAGAAGAACAGGCAGAACAGCAUGCAUACAUUAUGCUUACUCGACAUCAAAGUAAAGGAGCAAUCUUUGGAAAACCUAAUCAAGGGAAGAAACAUCUAUGAACCUCCUCGGUUUAUGAGCGUAAACCAAGCAGCCCAGCAAUUUCUAGAGAUUGUUCAGAAUCAAAGGAUACAAGGAGAAGAACCAGCAGUCACGGAGGAGACACUCUGUGUUGGCUUAGCCAGGGUUGGAGCUGAGGACCAGAAAAUUGCAGCAGGCACUUUGCAGCAGAUGUGUACUGUGGACUUGGGAGGCCCAUUACAUUCCUUAAUUAUAACAGGAGACAACAUGCAUCCACUGGAAAUGGAGAUGUUAAGUCUGUUUUCUAUACCGGAAAAGAGCUCAGGAUCCCAAAGCAUUGAUGGACUCUGAACAUAGACGUUUUAUAUUAUCAGAUGUUAAUUUUGGUCAUUUAUGCAUGUAUACACACAUAUUUGUAUAACAAAUGAAAAGGUCUUUUGGUUUACCUAGUAAGUGUAAAACAAGUGACCAAGAAGAAAAAUGUUGACUCAACAGUGCUUGGUUUCCUGUGGCUAUGAGUUUUUUCCCUAUGAUAUCAUUGGUUUUUGUUGCUCCUUCAGCAGUUUCUCAGGAUGUACACACAUUUAGCAGACUAACCCUGAAAACUUACAGACAGACAUCCUUAGAACAGAGUUGAGUAAGAACAGUUUUUACUUAUGAAACCAGUUCAUACAAGGUGGAAUAUUCUUCUGUCUUAAAAAAGUCAGCUGUUCUGACUGCAAGGUGAGCUGUACUGACAGCAGUUGGUAUUAGUACAUGUAAACAGAGGUGGGAAGAAUAAGUCCCCACCCAACAGUUCUACUUACUUAAGCCCUGCUGAGCACAUGCCACAAAAUGACAUCCUUCUGAGUCGCCUUGUCUUGUUCAGCUGACAUCCUAAUUAUAUGGCUCAUAUUCUGCUGUAUUUUGGAGGUUAUAUUGUUCAGCCAGCCAUGUACAGUUACUGUUCGGUUUUAAAUAGCGUCUUUCACAUCCAAGCUAACAAAUGGAAAACUUGCUGACCACAAAAUACAAUUAAAAAAUUUUUUAAGUUUAAAGACAAUGGAGAUUUGUCAUAUCACUUUAACUCAUUUAAUAUGCCACUGUAUGUAUGAAAGUCAUAUUCUUCUUACUAGUUAUAAAUAACACUCCAUUUAUUAUAUGUCAUGAUAACAGAAUUUUAUACUUUUGGUUAGUUCACAACAGAAGUAGUGUUUCUACAUGUUAGUAAUUGGUCAAACUCAGUAUUUCCAUGGUCUAAUCAACUCACCUGACUUCUUUGCUCAACAAAUUCAUUGGAAGUUGAACAAAUACAUCUCUACUUCCUGGGAACAUCAAUUAACAAGAGACUGUUUUGACUUAUUUCAUUUGAGAUAAAAGAUAUUUUAAUAUAUAUGAAAUAUUACAUUUUUUAAUCUAUUGGAUACAAAAGGAAAGAGAGCAAAAGAUGUUUAAUUACCAAUUCUGUAUUGUUUUCCUCUGAAACAUUAAACCAAACAUUGGUGGAUUAUAAAAUGAAGGACUGACUUCUGGUUUUGGUAAUGGUGGAAUAGCUUGUAAUAUACAAACUCCCCCAGUUAUAAACUCUGGACAAAAUAUAGUAACUGUAUAAAGGCACUGAGAAGUGAGCAAAAGCAGGCUGAGAACUAUAAUACCUAAUGACUUUUCCCCUCAGGGCAAUCCCCAGUCUGUCUGGUGAGGGGUGGCUAGAACUGAAGAGAAAAUUGCAGCUUUACUGAUUUGAGGUGUUAAAGGAAUUGGAGACUGCUAAAGAGCUAUAAUUGAAGGAGGAAAUCCUAAAAGAGAAGAUGGUACUGAGGGAGGAGUCUACCAACCUGCAUAUAAUCUCCUUUUAAAUCUUUGGCUAACUCCUGAACUGUGCAUAUGCAGAGAAGACUCCCAUCAAACCUGGUGGAAAGCCAUAGCUGGAAGGCUGUAAAAGCUAAACAGAGAUUGUUAACUCUACUGCAAGAAAAAACAGUUUCAAGUUUUAAUCCUGACAAGUCUGAUGGCUUGAUAAGCACUUUAGGCUUUUCAUCAAAUCCCUAGAACGGUCAUGUAAUAGCUAAAGACUAUGACCAAGACUAAGAAUUUGGGCUAAAGCAAAAGACAAAACCUUUAACAUAAUGUAAAAUCAAGCCUCCAUAAAAUCAAGGUGAUUAGCCAAUAAUUUAAUUGCCUGCUAGAACAAAAGUUAACACUUCCAUAGCAUGAUAACAAAAUAAGUCUCUUUAGCAUAUCAACAAUGACCAAAAUACAAUACAAGGCAUGCAAAUAAACAGGAAGAUAAAAUUUAGAGUAAAAACAAAAGCCAAAAAACCCACAUUAGAAAGAAAUUUUAACAAUCCAGAUAGUAGAAUUAGCAGACAAGAAUUUUAAAGUAGCUUUUAGAAGUAUGUUCAAACUUGUAAUAAAUGACUAGAGAGGGUACUCUCAGCAAAGAAAUGGAAACAAAACCCAAAUGGUUGGGCUUAACAGCAGAGUGCUGAUGACGAAUAGAAAUUAUCUUGUCUAAGGAAUAAAGGAAAAAGAGAGAAGGAAAAAAAGUCUCAGUCCCAAGAGGGGCAAUAUCAAGCAGUUCAACACAUAUAUAAUUGAAUUCUCAGGAGAAGAGAAAAAAUAGAGCAGAAAAAUGAGUAAAGGCCAAAUGUUUCUAAGUUUGGUGAAACUGUCAAUACACAACCCCAAUAAGCUCAGUGAACUUCAAGCAGGAUAACUAUAUAAAAGAAACCCAUAACACCUAACACAUCAUAGUUAAAACUGUUGAAAACCAAAGAAGAGAAAAUCUUCUACCAAUAGUGUAGUGGGGAAACCAUUACAUACAUGGGAGCAGUAAAUGUCGAGUGCUUCUCAUUAGAACCAAAUGGAGGUCAUAAGACAAUGGGGGGACAUCUUUAAUGAAAAUAAGCAAAAUAAAUCCAAACCCUGUCAACCCAGAGUUCUAUAUCCAGUGAAAACAUACUUUAAGAACGAAGGCAAAAUAAUCUUCAUAACAGAAUUUGUCACAAGUAGACCUGUGCCUCAAGGGAAGUAGAGGGAGUUUUUUUUAGGCUGAAGGUAAAUGACAUCGGAUAGAAGGAAAUAAUAUGAAAAUAUAAAAGCCUAUCAAUUUUUUUGUGUGUGUUGUGUUUUUAAAAGACAACUAACAAUCAUGGUAUCCUGGCAUAUAUUUAGAUGCAACAUAUAUGUCAAUAGUAGCACAACUUGGAGUGGUUAAAGGAAUUUUAUAGUUGUAGAGUUCUUAUAUUUUACUUGAAGUAGUUGAAUAAUAACCAAAGUAGUCUGUGAUAAAUUGAGUAUAUGUAUUGUAAUCCCUUGACAGACACUACCAAAAAACAUGGCAGGAGAAAAAAAAAUUUUUUGAUGUAUUUUAGAGGAAUUUAAAUUGAACACUGAAGGAUAUACAAUUAAAGAAAGCAGGAAAGGAAAUAUAGGGCAAGAAACAUAGGGCAAAUAGAAAAUAUAGCAAAAUGGUGGACCUAAAUUCAAUGGAAUCAAUAAUUAUCUAAAAGUAUACCAACUAAACACUCCAAUUAAAAGGACUAGAUUUUUUAAGUCCCAACUGUAUUGUCUUUAAGAAUUAAACUUUAAAGACACAGGAUGAAAGUAAUGGGGAAAAAAUAGAUCAUACAAACAGCAUAAAAAAACAACUGGCUUGUAAUUCGCAAAACAGUCUUAAGAAAGAAAAAGUAUACUGGAGAUAAAGGACUUUUCAUAAAAAAGGGACAGUGCCUGAAGACGGAACAAUCCCAAGUGCAUUUGCAUUGAAUAACAGCUUCAAAAUACAUCAGGCAAAGAUCGGCAGAACUAAAGGGACAUGUAGAGAAACCCACAAAGUUGAGGAUUUUUGCAACCUUUCAGCAACUGAUAGACACAGGCAAAACAUCAGUGACAAUUUGAAGAUUUAAACACCACCAACUGUUCGGACCAAAUUGAUAGUGAUUGGUCACUGCACCAAACAGUGGUGGAAGAGACAUUAUUUUCAAGCAUGUGUAAAACAUUCAAGUAGAACAUACACUUGGCCACUAACAAUGAAAUUAAAAAUUACGAACAAAAAGAUGUCUAGAAGAAUCCCAAAAUUAAAGCAUAAAAGGUGAGAACUUGUGGGAUGCAGAAAAAGUAGGGCUAAAAGAGAAAUUUAUCGUUUUAGAAGCCUGUAUUAGAAACAGUUGUAAAAUCAAUGUUCCUAGAAUACUAGAAAAAGAAGAGCAUAUUAAACAGUAAACGGAAGGAAACAAUGAACAUGAGAGCAGAAAUCAGUGAAACAAAAUGGACAAAAUAAAAUUAACAAAGCCAAUAGAACAUAAAAAGUUCAAAUGGCUAACAGUAAAGAGUUGCAGGAAUAUGGAGUAACUGAAAUUUGUAUGUUGGUAGUAAUAUAAGGUGGCAGAAGUACUUUGGAGUAUAGUUUACUGUUUCUUCUAAAACCUCAUGAACUACCAAAAACCAUUCCUAGGUAUUUACCCAAAAGAAAUGAGAACGUACAAAACUGUACAUGGAUGUUCAUAACUUUAUAUAUUCACUCAUAGUCCCAAACAGGAACCAGGCCAUGUGUCCAUCAACAGGAGAAUGGAUUUAAAAAUUGUGGUAAGUUUUACAAUGGAAUAUGAUUUUGCAAUAACACAAAAUGAACUAUUGACUCACAACAUGAAUGAAUUUCAAAAAUAUGUUAAGUCAAGCCAGAACACAAAAGAGUACAAUUCUACUACUAUGAAGUUUAGGAACUGGCAAAACUAAUCAAAAGAAAACAGUGGUUGCCUCUGGAGAGAAGAGUGGUUGGAAGGGGCUAGAAAGGAACCUGGGAUAAAGGAAAUGUUCUGUUUCUUGGUAGGGGUGUUGGUUGUACAGGUAUUUACAUUUACUGAAGCUCAUUCAAUUGUAUAUAGAUUUAGGAUCUGUGCAUUUUUCUGUGUCAGGAUUACCAGAUAAUAUAGGAUACCCAGUUAAAUUGAACUUUAGGUAAGUUUUUUUUUUAAUACAAGCAUAUCCCAUUCAAUAUUUGGGACAUUUAUACAGUUGACCCUUGAACAACACAGGUUUGAAUUGCAUGAGUCUGUGUAUAUGUGGAUCUUUUUCAACAGAUGUAUCGGAAUUUCUUUCGGAGAUAUGUGACAGUUUGAAGAUCCAUUUUUCCAGCUUUGUUGUAAGAGUAUAGUAUAUAAUAUAACUACAAAAAUAUGUGUUGAUUAUGUUAUGGUUGAGGCCUUUGGUCGACAUAGGCUAUUGGUAGUAAGUUUUUGGCAAGUUAAAAGAUAUAUAUGAAGUUUUGACUGGGGGUGGGGGUCAGACUAUUAAAAAAAUGAUUAUUUGAAAUGGAAAUUUAACUGGGUUCUUUUAUUUGCUAAAUCUGGCAACCUUAUUCUGUAUGUAAUUUAGCCUCAAUUUAAAUGAAAUUGUGAAAUUAAAAAUGUGCAUUAUUCAUCAGGAAAAGGAUGAACAAUAUUGUUUUUGGUCUACUAUCAUGAAAUCCCAGUGUUGGGCAAUUAAAGUAGAAACACAUGAACUUUACAUACAUUUGCUUAUUUAGUAGUUUUUAGCUCUUCAAUGCUAUUAUUUUUCAGUGCUAUUUUAUAUUACCAUACAGUGAAACCACCCCUAUAAACUAGACACAGAACAGUUCCAUCACUCAAAGAAACUCCAUCCCAUUAUCCCUUAAUAUUCACCCCUUACCCACCCCAUAACCCUUGGUGACCAAGGAUCUGAUCUUUACAGCUUUGUCUUUUUGAGAAUAUCGUAUAAAUGGCACUGGCUUCUUUCAACACAAUGCCUCUAAGAUUCAUCCAAGUUAUUGUAUGUGUCAAAAGUUGGUUCCUUUUUAUUGUUUAGUGUUCUAUUUUAUAGAGAUACUACAAUUUGUCCAUUCACUAUUUCAGAGAGAUUUGAGUUUCUAUUUUUUAGCUACAAUGUAUAGAGUUGUUAAAACAUUCACAAACAGGUUUUAUGUAAAUAUGUUAUUUCUUUCAAGUGUAUACCUAGGAGUGGGAUUGCUUAGUCAUAUAGUAUAUGUACAUUUAAUUGUAUAAGAAACUGCCAAAAUGAUGGCAGAAUGGCUGCAUCAUUUUGCAUCCUCACUUGGGUUGUAAGAGUUCCCAUUGCUCUGUAUCUUUGUUAGCACUUCAUAUUGGCAGUAUUUUGCAUUUUAGCUAUUAUGAUAGGUGUAUGGUGGUAUCUCCUGGUAGUUCAAAGUCCCAUUUCCUUCAUGGCUAACGAUGUUAAACAUCUUUUCACAUGAUUAUUUACCAUUUUUAUUUCCUAUUUAAUGAAGCAUCCAUUCAUGUUUUUUGUCCACCUUUCAUUUGGAUUGUUUUCUUAUGGUUAAGUUUUAAGCAUUCUUUAUAUAAUUUUCUCUAUACAAGCUCUCAGAGAUGUAAUUUGCAAAUAUUUUCUCCCAUUCUAUAGCUUGUCUUUUUAUUCCCUAACCAUGUCUUUAGCACAGCAAAAGUCGUUCGUUUUGAUGAAAUCCAGUUUAUCAGUUUUCCUUGUGUGUUAAUCCAUCCAAGAACCCAUCAUCAAACUGAAGGACAUGUAAAUUUUAUCCUAUGGCUUCUUCUAAAAUUAUUAUAGUUUUGAAUUUUCCUUUAAAUUUGUGAUACAUUUUGAGUUAAUUUUUGUAUGAAGUAUGAGUGUAUGUAAAGGUCCAUUUUUUUCAUAUAGCUGUCCAGUGUCUCUAACAUUAUUUAUUUCUAAAAAGACUAUCCUUUCUCCAUUGAGCUGUUUAUACAUCAUUGUCAAAAAUUCGUUGACAGUCUUUGUGGGGAUUUUUGACUCUUUUUGCUGUUCUGUUCAUGUAUGUCUCUUGCCCUUCUGUGUUAACAAUCUUGAUUAUUUUAGCAUUAUGGUAUGUCUAAAAAAACAGUAUGAUUCCUCUAAUUUUAUUAUUCUUUUUUCUAACUUGUUUUGUCCUAGUUCCUGUGCCUUUCCAUGUUAAGUGUUAGAAUGAACUUGUAAUAAAGCUUGUGAGACUUUCAUUUUGUUUAUGAUGUCUUGAGGUUUAUUCUUAUUGGUGUUUGUUCAGCUUCUUGAAUGGAUCAGCAGAGUUGGAAAGUUUUCAGCCAUUAUUUCAAAUAUUUUUUCAGCACUGUAUUCUCCAGUACUAUAUGCAGUCUUUGCAACUUCGGUAACAAAAAUGUUAGACAUUUCUUAUUGUCUCACAGGUUCCCUGGGUCUUUUUCUUUUUUUAAGUUUAUUGUCUUUGUUAUUCAGAGUAGAUAAUUUUAAUUGAUCUAUCUUCCAUUUCAAUGACUCUUUCCUCUGCUCCAUUCUGCUGUUGAGUCCAUUCUGUUUGUUUUUUAAUUUGGUUAUUGUUAUAAAGUUACUAUUUGGUUCUUUUUUAUAUCUUCUAUUUUCUGUUUUAACAUUUAACAUCUGUUGCAAGAUUUGUGAUUGCUUGUUCAAGCAUUAUUAUAAUAGCUACUUUAAAGUCUGUCAGAUAAUUCCAAUAUUAAUGUCGUCCUAGCCUUGGCAUCUGGUGUUUUUCUUCUGCAAGUUGAAAUUUUUAUGGCACUCUCAAAUAAUUUUGGAUUGUAGCUUGGACGUUUUGAAUAUUAUGAGAUUUUGGUCUUGUUUAAAUUCUAUGGAGAAUGGCAAUCUUUUCAUUCUACCAGUCAGUCAGCCUGGUUAGGUUCAGGAUGCCAUGACGUAUCCGCCUUCUGUGGGCUAUGUAUGGUUCCAGUGUCAGUUCAGGUUUCAAGGACUGCAGUUCUCUUCAGACCUAGCUCAGCUUAGUGCCAGUCUGGGGCUUAGCCAAUUAGAUAGAUUAGUUCUAAAGGUCUUUUGGUAUGCUAAGUAGGCUCAGAUCCAAACACUAGUGACUUGAGGAUGAUCCUUAGUGUUCACAAACAACUUUAUGAGUUUGCUUUCCCAUGCCCCUGCUCUAGGGUGCUUCCUUGUUACUUCCUGGUUCCUUAGACUCCCCUUUUGGGCCUCUGGGUAGAAACCUGGGGUUCUAGUUACUGUACUCCAUUGCUCUCUCUCAUACCUUCACGAUUAAUCCUGACCGUGUGGAGAUUAUAAGCUCUGCCAAACAGAAAAGUUCCCCUGAAUUUUAGCUUUUAUGGGUUUUUAUAGCUAUUGGCCACCACUACAGGAUUACCUGGGGGUGUCUUUGGAAGCCAGUGAGAAGUCUUUGUUCCAGGUAGUAUCUUUGCUCUGUUUUUUAAGUUCUAUGAAAGUCAGUAUGACCUGUGUACAAAUUAUUGUUCAAGAGGAAGUAGUAUGAUCCAUAGGACAGAUAACCCCUUUGAAGCUGAACAGUAAUCUGAUCUAACUUAAUGAGCCUGGGGUGGGGAAACAUGAUGGCUAAUCGGACAGACCUUAUUUUAUCAUUUUCAAAGUGACUAUGAUAUAUUCAAAUGUCUAAGCCAAAUGUAGGGUUUUAAUUGACAUGAAACUGUAUUAUGCUUAGAUGUGAAUCUGAACUUAUUUGUACAAUGUUACCCAUUUAAAAUACUAUUAGAUGCCUACACUACAUUUAUGCUUUUGAAUGCUUUUUGUAUUUUUUUUUUAAUCCUUUGGCUUUAGUAGUGUUUGCCUUACCAAAAGAACACAGUUCACUUCAACAGUCCAUACAGAAUCAUUUUCCAAAAGGAGUUAAACUUCAUACUAAAUUUUUCCAAUAAAUUAAGAUUGGCUAAACUAUCCCAGACUCAAUACAUUUGUUUAUUAUCCUAUUGUUACCAUUAUUACUCCUCCUGGUUAAAGGAAUUUAGCAGAUAAAGUUGAAAUGUACAUUUAAAAGUUGGU